AUGCAUCCCCAGUUAGAAGCUAAAAGAUUCGACAGCUGUAUUGAUUUCAUUCAGGCAUUAGAUCAAUGUCAUCAAAGAGAAUACUACAAGAGAAUGUUUGGUCUUUGUGAUAUUGAGAAAGAAGCACUAUCUAAAUGUCUUCACGAAGCUAGAAAGAACGGUGAAAAGGAACAGAUAGCUAUCAUGAGGGAGAAACGUAAAGCCCUUGAGAAUAAAUGGAAAAAGAUGGACGAAGAGGAGUAUGGUGAAGAUUUGGUUCUAAAAAAGUUGUUAGAGAGACAUUCUGACAAGUUGAAAGGUUCUAAGUAA